AUGCUCAUCGAUGAACAUGCCAUCGAAACGUGCACAACAUAUACUGACAUCGUGCGCUCUGUGCUCGAGAAAAAGUCAUUCAAAUUUUCCGUCUCCAAAGACAGGUUCCGUCACCUCUACGAUAAGGCUCUAGAUGAGAUACUCGGCCGAGUCGUAACUGACGAGGUGUAUGACUACGUUUGGAGAGUCACUGUGGUGCAAUC